AUGGAGAGCACUGGUUGUCCGAUCGGGGUAGGGGCGGGCCUCGUUCUGCAUGCACCGAGAGCGGAUUUCAGGGACCCCCCGCCAAAACCCAGCGAACGCGACCUCCCCACAAACCAGAGCGCUCGCGCGAAAAUGGCGGACGCGCUGCCCCUCCGACCAGGGGCGUCCGCGGGCCCGGCGCCCGGCCGCGCCCGACGGGGCCGACCCCUCUCAUCCCGCCCGCCGCGCCGCGGCCCCCGCGUCGCGGCCGCUGCGGCGAGCGACGUGCAGCGGGCCCGCAGGGCCCCCGGGCAGCACCUGAAACAGAUCUCCACGGUGUACAAGUUCGGCGGCUCCUCCGUGGCGACCGCGGAUCACAUGGUGGAGGUGGCGGACAUCGUGUGCAGCUUUCCGGACGAGUUGCCCUGCGUGGUGCUGUCGGCGAUGGGCAAGACCACGAACCAGCUGCUGGCGGCGGCCGACAUGGCCCUCUCCGUGGAGCCUGAGGCCGUGGAGUCCAUCCCCCCCGUGCGGGAUAUCGAGGCGCUGCACGCCGCGGCGGUCGCCGACCUGGGCGUCGACCAGGCCACCAGGGACCAGGUGGGCCGGCUGCUGGCCGAGCUGAAGAUGCUGCUGCGCGGCAUCUCGAUCGUGCAGGAGUGCACGCCACGCGCGCGCGACAGCGUCAUAUCCUUCGGCGAGCGCCUGUCCACGCGGAUCUUCGCCGCGCUGCUGGCCCGGGAGGGCGUGCCCGCCCGGCAGUACGACGCCUGGGACCUGGGCUUCGUCUCCACGGACGAGUUCACCAACGCGGACGUCAUCUUCGACGCCACCCUCCCCGCCAUCAGGCGCACGCUCAGCGAGCGGGAUGCUCCAGGGGAGGUGCCCGUGGUGACGGGAUUCCUGGCGCACGGCGCGAACACGGGGGCGAUCACGACCCUCGGCCGCGGGGGGAGCGACCUGACGGCCACGACGAUCGGCGCGGCGCUGGGCGUCGACGAGGUCCAGGUGUGGAAGGACGUGGAUGGGGUGCUGACGACGGACCCCAGGGUGGUGCCCGGCGCCUACACCGUGCCGCUGCUCACCUUCGACGAGGCCACGGAGCUGGCCUACUACGGCGCGCAGGUGCUGCACCCGCAGGCGAUGCGGCCGGCCAGGCUGGCCGACGGGGAGCUGGGGGUGCGGGUGAAGAACUCUUACAACCGGUACGCCACGGGGACGCUGAUCAAGCCCUGGCGGGACAUGUCCCUGGCGCUGCUGACCAGCAUCGUGCUGAAGCGCGACGUGACGCUGGUGGACAUCGCGAGCACGCGGAUGGUGGGCCAGCACGGUUUCCUUGCGCGGGUGUUCGAGAUGUUCGGGCGGGCGGGGAUCUCGGUGGACGUGGUGGCCACCAGCGAGGUGUCCGUGUCCACCACGCUGGACGUCAACCGCCUGUGGACGCACAAGGUGGUGGACUCCGAGCUGCAGCAGUUCGCAGCGGGGUUCGAGGGCUGGGCGGACGUCACCUUCAGGCGGGGCUCCGCGAUCGUGAGCCUGAUCUGCAACGUGGAGCGGUCCAGCGAGAUCCUGGAGCGGGUGUUCAGGACGCUGGGGGCGGAGGGGAUAAACGUACAGAUGAUCAGCCAGGGCGCCUCCAAGACCAACAUAUCAUUCCUGAUCAACGACAGCGAGGCGGAGAGGGCCGCCCGGGCGCUGCACCAGGCGUUCUUUGGGCAGUAG